AUGGGAUUGCUGAGCGCCGCAUUGGCAAGCCGCCCGAUUCCCAUUUCCCGCCUCCAGACAUUCCUUCCCGCCUCCCUAUUGCCGUUUCUGUCGCCCGACGACCCAUCCCUCCCUUCUCUCCCUUCUCUCCCUUCCCUCCCUUUCCUCCCUUCCCUCCCUUCUCUCCCUUCCCUCCCUUCUCUCUCUUCCCUCCCUUCUCUCCCUUCCGUCCCAACUAAUUACCCACACUCCUCCAUCCUCUCCCUUCCCUGCCUUCCCUUCCCCUCCCUCCCCUCCCUUCCCUCCUUCCCUCCCUUCCCUGCCUUCCCUCCCCUUGCCUCCCCUCCCUUCCCUCCUUCCCUCCCUUCCCUCCUUCCCUCCCUUCCCCCCUUUCCCAUCAUUCCCUCCCUUCUCGCCCGUCUCUCCCUUCCCUCCCUCUCCCCCUUCCCUCUUUCCCUCCCUUCCCUCCCUUCUCUCCCUUCCCUCACCUCCCUCCCCUCCCUCCUUAUCUCCUUUCCCUCCAAUCCCUCCCUUCCCUCCCUUCUCUCCCUUCCCUCCCUUCCCUCCCUUUCUCACUUCCCCCCCUUCUCUCCCUGCGCUCCCAUCUCUCCUUUCCCUCCCUCCUCUUCCGUCCCUCGCUUCACUCCUUCCCUCCCCUCCCUCCCUUCCCUCCCUUCACUCCAUUCUCUUCAUUUUCUCCCUUCUCUCCCUUCAUGUCCUUCUCUCCCCCCUUACCUUCUCUCCCUUUUCACCGUUCCCUCCCAUCCCUCUUUGCAAUCUCCAGCCUCUCCCUUCUCUCCCUUCUCUCCCUUCUCUCCCUUCUCUCCCUUCUCUCCCUUCUCUCCCUUCUCUCCCUUCUCUCCCUUCUCUCCCUUCUCUCACAUCUCUCCCUUCUCUCCCUUCUCUCCCUUCUCUCCCUUCUCUCCCUUCUCUCCCUUCUCUCCCUUCCCUCCCUUCCCUCCCUUCCCUCCCUUCCCUCCCUUCCCUCCCUUCCCUCCCUUCCUUCCCUCCCUUCCCUCCCUUCCCUCCCUCCCCUCCCUCCCCUCCCUUCCCUCCCCUCCCUUCCCUCCCUUCCCUCCGUUCCCUCCGUUCUCUCCCUUCUCUCCCUUCUCUCCCUUCCCGCCCAUCUCUCCCCACCUACCACCCUUUUCUCCCUCCCAUCUCAUCCCGACUUCCUUAUCUUCCAUGCCGGCAGGGCCGCCCGACCUCCCCUUCCCGCCGCCCGAUUCCCCUAUCGCUCCGCCAAAUUCCCGUUCCCGCCGCCCACUUCCCCUUUCGCGCCGCCCACUUCCCCUUUCCCGCCGCCCGACGCGCCUUUUCAGCGACCCGAUUCCCACUUCCCGCCUCCAGACAUGCCUUCCCGCCUCCCUAUUGCCGUUUCCGUCGCCCGACGACCCAUCCCUCCCUUCCCUCCCUUCUCUCUCUUCCCUCCCUUCUCUCCCUUCCCUCCCUUCUCUCCCUUCCCUCCCUUCUCUCUCUUCCCUCCCUUCCCUCCCUUCUCUCUCUUCCCUCCCUUCUCUCUCUUCCCUCCCUUCUCUCCCUUCCCUCCCUUUCCUCCCUUCCCUCCCUUCUCUCCCUUCCCUCCCUUCCCUCCCUUUCUCACUUCCCCCCCUUCUCUCCCUGCGCUCCCAUCUCUCCUUUCCCUCCCUCCUCUUCCGUCCCUCCCUUCACUCCUUCCCUCCCCUCCCUCCCUUCCCUCCCUUCACUCCAUUCUCUUCAUUUUCUCCCUUCUCUCCCUUCAUGUCCUUCUCUCCCCCCUUACAUUCUCUCCCUUUUCACCCUUCCCUCCCAUCUCUCUUUGCAAUCUCCAGCCUCUCCCUUCUCUCCCUUCUCUCCCUUCUCUCCCUUCUCUCCCUUCUCUCCCUUCUCUCCCUUCUCUCACUUCUCUCCCUUGUCUCCCUUCUCUCCCUUCUCUCCUUUCCCUCCCUUCCCUCCCUUCCCUCCCUUCCCUCCCUUCCCUCCCUUCCCUCCCUUCCCUCCCUUCCCUCCCUUCCCUCCCUUCCCUCCCUUCCCUCCCUUCCCUCCCUCCCCUCCCUCCCCUCCCUUCCCUCCCCUCCCUUCCCUCCCUUCCGUCCCUUCCCUCCGUUCUCUCCAUUCUCUCCCUUCUCUCCCUUCCUCCCCAUCUCUCCCCACCUGCAAGGGAGACAGCAACUGGCCGAGCAAGCGGCUCAAGGGCAGUGCGGUCACGAAAGAAGCAGCGAGAAGCACGUGAGUCCAGUGUGA